UUUGUUAUCAAUAACCAUGUAUACUGGAAUGCGUUGAACUUACACUUGUGUUUUUCAAUUGAGUUCCUUUUAAUUGUUGCUGCAACACAAGACACGUGUUAUAUUUAUAUAAAAUAACUACCACACACUCACAAACUAAAUCGCGAUUUUAUAGAGAUGAUUUUUUUUGGGUCACCUGAAGCCACCAUGGAAGAUGACGAGGACCCAAGUUACGAGUCAUAUCCUUUAUCAUAAGCUUCGAAGAAGAGAAUAUGGAAAGUUUCAUCAGGCCUUUGGCGGCGAAAUUAACCUGGACAGCUGUGCAUCUUGUCGAGUAGAAGAUGUUCAUUGCUGCUCGCCGCAUCCAAUCCUUCUGGCGUGGUUACCGCGUCCGAAAGCUACUCCACCUGCGCUGGCAGGCUGCAAUCGCCAUUCAGCGCUGGUGGCGCGGCUUUCGCACGCGGCAUAUCCUGUGCGAAAAAGUGGAGCGACAGUUGCAGGGUAUGAUUCACGAGCACUUCCACCGUGAGGCAAUUCGCAUUCAGGCUUUGUUUCGGGGAUGGUGGGUCAGAAAGUUCAUCCACGACGUCCGAAACCUGCACCGGAUGCAAAGCACUGCCGCCGAGGAUCUGAUAAAUUGCAUAAUCCAUGAGCUGCAUCAUAUCAGAAAAACCGACUCCAUACCGGGGGUCAUCUCACUGCGAAAUUCAGUCUGCCGUUCAAAAGUCGAAAAACUUUUGACCACAAUGAUAUUCCGAUUUCACAACGGUCGGGUGUUAUCGAUGGUGGCCAACAGAAUGUCUCAAAAAGAAGAAUAUCGCAGGUACUUUAGGGACGCCAGAUUCGUUACCCAGGUUCCCUAUUCCGGACCCAACUUCGAUGGACUAUGUUAUGUUAGGAAGGAUGACCCCAGUGUACUUAAAGAAGUACCCAAAGAUUUGCGUUACUCGGAAAUAGUCACAGAAUACGAAGAGUCGCAACUACACGAGCAUUUAAGAGAAACCCAUCUGCGAUUUGAUUUACGCAAAGUUCAAAGGCAAAUAUAUCACAUCAACUCCCAAGAACUGCAAUUGAAGCGUAAGUUCUGCGCAGAUGUCAUAGAGCGUAUGCGUAAGUGGACUAUAUGGGAUAGCAUCAGUGGAAACCAUAAGCAAAAUGUUUAUGAAAGUCGAAAAAAUACACAAGUGUUCUUCAGGAGAGCGGAGCAUCUGAUGAGUGAUUUCUGUGAGAGCAAAGCCGAAGAUUCCUACCACGUCUUAAGCUUGAGCUCCUCCACAUAAAUUCCGAGUUAAGCAUUUGACACAUUGCACAAAAUGAUCAAAUAUGUUAUUAAAACUUUUUUUUAUUGAAACUUAAAAA